AUGUCUGACUACGGCGGCGACGACCACGAGCCCGAGAACUACGACUACGAGCCCACCGAGGAGGUCUUCGAUGAUGCUGAGCCCGACGACUUUCUCGACCAGGAGGGCCUCGAGGGUGGUGACGAUGGUCCUGAGGGUGAAUCCUACCAACCCGCCGUAAAUGGCGAGAAUGUGAUCGUAUCAGGCGAUGCCAACGCUGGCUACUCGGGCAAAGUAAUGGAGCAGUCUCGCGAGAAGAAGGUUCCCAACGACCAGCGCACUACCACCCCGUACUUGACCAAGUAUGAGCGCGCACGUGUGCUCGGCACCCGAGCUCUGCAGAUUAGUAUGAACGCCCCUGUGCUCGUUGAUCUCGAGGGUGAGACCGAUCCUCUGCAGAUCGCUAUGAAGGAAUUGAACCAGAAGAAGAUUCCCCUGAUUGUGCGGCGUUAUCUGCCUGAUGGAUGGUAUGAGGACUGGACUUGCGAGGAGCUCCUCUAA